AUGGCGAAAUGGAGAUACAACAGAUUUGAGGCCUUUCAGUUCGGUAACGACCUAUGGGAUCCAAGUCAUCGAUUCGAGACUUCCUGGUUGCUGCGACCAUGGGUUCUGUUUGGUGUUAGAGCAUUGAUUUCUCUGUACGCCUUUACCGUCACAUUCUUUAUCAUCGGCUGGGAGGCUACAGACCAUGACGGAAACACUAUUCACGAUGUCCGCAAAUCAUUCUCGUUCUUCACAGUCCUCUGCUACUGGGGAAUCUGCUUCUACUUUCUCGUCGCCGCCCUCCACACCUUCACCUACGCCCUCAACGGCGGCACCCCCCUCCUAAACCGCCUCCCUCGACCCCUCCAAGCCCUCCACUACCUCUUCUGGUCCACAAUAACCACCUUCCCCUUCCUCGUCACCAUCGUCUACUGGGCAAUUCUCUUCUCCUCCUUCGCCACCACCUUCGCCCUCUGGUCCAACAUCUCCCAACACGCCCUCAACUCCGCCUUUGGCCUCUUCGAAAUAAUCUUCACGCGCAUCAACCCCGCGCCUUGGAUCCACCUCCUCUGGCUCAUCGUCUUGCUCGCGCUCUAUUGCGGACUUGCAUACACGACUGUCGCAACGAAACAUUACUACGUCUACUCGUUCCUGAAUCCGAAUCCACCGAACGAUGUCCUUGACUCGAAUGGCAAGAAAACAAACAUUGGAGGUGUAGGGAAGGGGGCGGUUGUCGGAUACGUGUUUGGGAUCGCGGUAGCGAUUGUAAUUAUUUUUUGCUUAAGUAGAUUGUUGGUUUGGGGACGGAAAUGGCUGACCGAGAAGAGGUUGGGGAUGAGGGGGAAGUUUUAUGCUGGGAGGGAGAUGGGGAUGGGGGAUGUGGAGUUGGAGGUUCAGAGGGCGUGGGAGAAGUAG